AUGAAUGAUAAAAAACCCUAUAAAGAACUUACCCAUUCAAUUUCUGUUGAUAAAACAUGGCUACCAAAAGAUUAUGCAAAACAUGUGGAUGAAUCAAUUUUAAGAAUUGAUUUUGUCCCGGAUAUUUUUCAGAAACAGGCUUUUUACUUUCUUAGUAGGCAUGAAUCUAUUUUUGUUUCUGCUCACACUAGUGCUGGUAAAACAUUAGUUGCUGAAUACGCAAUUUGUUUAUCUGAAAAGAAUAAUUUUCGAACAAUUUACACUAGUCCAAUUAAGGCAUUGAGUAAUCAAAAGUAUUAUGAUUUUAAACAAAAAUAUUCAGAUGUAGGGAUUAUUACUGGCGAUGUGCAAGUCAAUCCGACGGCGAAUUGUUUGAUUAUGACGACUGAAAUAUUAAGAAAUUUAAUUUAUAAAAACAAUGAUAUUUUACACAGCACAAGAUAUAUUGUUUUUGAUGAAGUUCACUACAUUAAUGAUCAAGAAAGAGGGGUUGUUUGGGAGGAAUGCAUUAUUAUGCUUCCUAAACAUAUAACUUUUAUUCUUCUUAGUGCAACUAUUCCAAAUGCAAAAGAGUUUGGUGAUUGGGUUGGUAGAACAAAAAGUAGGACUAUUUAUAUUAUUUCUACUAACAAAAGACCAGUACCUUUAGAACACUUUAUUUAUUCCGAUAGAGAUGUAUAUGCAAUAUCAGAAAAUGUUAAUAUACAGCAUAAGCUUCCAUCAAAUAUUAAGUCAAAAGUUGUACCAUAUUCGAAAAAAAAUACACCUACUGGAAGGUUUAAAGUUUUAGAGCUCGUAAAUUUUAUCAUCAGAAAGAAACUGGCGCCUGCUAUACUAUUUUGUUUUUCUAAAAGGAAAUGUGAAUUAAUUAUUGAAGAAUUAAGUAGCUUAGAUUUGACUACUGUUCAAGAAAAAAAAUAUAUUCAUGAAUUUCUAAAUAAGGCAAUUAACCAGCUAUCUGAAGAAGACCGGUUUUUACCACAAAUUGUUAAGGUAAAAAAGUUUGCAAAUUUAGGUAUUAUGGUUCACCAUGGUGCACUUCUGCCGUUUGUUAAGGAAUGUGUAGAAAUAUUGUUUUCUUUUAAUUUUGUUAAAAUUCUUAUUGCGACUGAAACAUUUGCAAUGGGAGUUAAUAUGCCCGCAAAAUGUGUGGCUUUUCUAACGCUUAGUAAAAUUGACGGGGAAACAUUUAGAAAUUUAACUAAUGGUGAAUACACACAGAUGAGUGGCAGAGCGGGAAGAAGGGGCAUGGAUAGGGUAGGAACAGUUCUUAUUGCUGAUGAAAAGGUUCCAUCACUUUUUACUAUUAAAAAAAUUAUUGAUGGAACACCCUUAUCUUUAAACAGUCAAUUUAAGUUAAGCUUUGGUUUAAUUUUAAUAGCUUUGAGAUCAAAUUUUAAAGUUGAAGAUUUAAUGAAAAAAAGCUAUAAAGAACAUUUUAAACAAAAAUCAGAACAUAAAGACAUGUUUAAAUUGGUGGAAUUAGAAAAGUUAAAAAUGAUAGAAUGUGAGGAUAUUGAUAUUUACAUUAGUUUGUUAAGAACUAUUAGCAAAAAUAAUUCUAAACUUUUUGCAAAGCAUAAGUUGAUUUCACAAAAUGACCUUGUUAUGCUUUUCAACAACGAAGUAGUUCGAAUUAAUAGUGUUAAUUCUGAUGGUACAUUUAGUGUAAAACAGAAUGAAAAUAUUAAUUUGAAUUUCAUGUUAUCGAAUUUGAAAAUUUCUAAAAAAUCACAUUUAAGUUCGGAUCUAUUGGUGUUUCCACACACAAUCUAUUUAAAUUCAAAUACUCGUGUUUGUAAAGUUUCCGAUAUUUUUUGCAUUUUAAAGGAAGGUAAACCUUUUUUUGAUUACAAUUUAAAAGACUUUGAAGAUUUUAUGCUUGAAAAAAAUAUAAAAGAUGCGUAUCUCAGAAUUAGUAAACUUAAAUGUAUUACAUGUUCUAAUUUUGUAGAACACUAUAAUUAUGCUGUUGAAUACAUUCUAGCACAAGAGGAAAUAUUAAGAAUUAAACUUAAAUACAGUAUUAAUAAUUUAGAUUUAAUAGAUGAGUACAAAAGCAGAAUUAAGUUUUUAGUUAAAAACAAAUUUUAUGAUGAGUCUGUAACAUUGAAAGGUAGAGUUGCUGCAGAGAUACGAACUGUAAAUGAAGUUUUAUCUACAGAAAUGAUUUUUGACAAUAAAUUUAAAAAUUUUCAACCAGAAAUUAUUAUAUCUCUUUUUUCUAGUAUGAUUUUUGAAGAAGAAAUGGAUGAUUAUGAUUAUUCUGUAGAUUUGAAAGAGGGAGUUUCUAGAUUAUUGUGCUAUUAUGAAAAUUUAUCAAAAGAUAUUUCUGAUUUAUUUAUUCCUCCUUUUAAGCCUUUAAAUUUUUCAAUGAUGCAGGCUGUUUUAGAUUGGUGUCGAAAAGAAUCACUUCAAAAUAUUGUUAAAAAUUACGGUGUAUCAGAAGGUGCGUUUGUUCGACUUAUUCUUAGACUUGACGAAUGUUGUAGAGAAAUGAUUAAUGCAACAAUUUUAAUGGGAGACAAGGAUUUAGAAAAAAAAUUUGAAGAAGCAUCAGUGCUUCUAAAAAGAGAAAUAGUUUUUUUACCGAGUUUAUAUUUGUAA